CAAUAAAGUAUAGAAAAAAUAUUAAAUAAUCAAAAAUAAGUUUUUUCUAGUUUUUUAACGAUUAUUUUGUUUUUGGAGAACGAAAAAUUGAGAAUUUUACAUAUUAAGGACCGGUCCUAGCGGAACUACCCGAUCCCCAAAGGUCCCUAUUUUUUCACAAAGGAACUUUACAUUUCUCUCCCAAUAUUAUCGUCUUCUUCCAUAUCGAAUCUUCGUGCUUCAGCUUUUUCUCGCGCUUCUUCUCUUUCCCCGCGUCUCCCCCGACCCUCAUGCUCAUGCUCGACGUUAGUUUCGCCUUUUUGUGUGUCAUCGAGGCGUGCGAGCUCGACCUGAAGUGGUACGAUGCCGCCCGUUUCGCAGCGGGCAGCAUCGGCAGCCGGUGGAGGUCCUCCUCAGGGGCCUUUGGCGAAGCUUCGCCAGGGGCUCGGGGAGAAUUGAGAUUGGUUUCUCGGUCCUCGUUGUUUUCUGUCUCUACUUCUGUUGUCGUAGCGUUACAUUGUCUUCGUCGCUUCUCUUUCUUGCGGCUCAAGAAACCGCAUAGAACGGUGACAAUGGUGACGGUGGUGGCAAUAGAGAAUACAAGGAAAACGGUGCCACCACAUGGGUGCUACCAUGAGUGCACCCAUGCUUCGCACAGACAAACACAGACGAUAAUUGUCUGUGCGACACAGACAAUUAUCAAAAUCUGUGUGUUCUGUGGAAGCAACUCUGGCUACAGAAAGGUCUUCAGUGAUGCAGCCCUUGAGCUUGGCAAUCAACUUGUAAGUAGGAAGAUAGACUUGGUGUAUGGUGGUGGAAGUGUGGGCCUAAUGGGGUUGAUUUCUAAAGCAGUCUAUGAUGGUGGCUGUCAUGUUCUUGGGGUGAUUCCACAAGCACUGGUUCCUAUUGAGAUAUCGGGAGAGAGCGUUGGAGAUGUGAAAAUUGUUGCGGAUAUGCACGAACGAAAAGCGGAAAUGGCUCGGGAGGCAGACGCUUUCGUCGCACUUCCAGGAGGAUAUGGAACAAUGGAAGAGUUGCUGGAAAUGAUUACAUGGGCACAGCUUGGAAUCCAUAAAAAACCUGUUGGGUUGUUAAAUGUGGAUGGAUAUUACAAUCCAUUGUUGGCAUUGUUUGACAAUGGAGUAGAGGAAGGCUUCAUUAAGGCUACUGCUCGCCACAUUGUCCUCUCUGCUCCCAAUGCUUCUGCCCUCUUAAACAAGAUGGAGCAAUAUAGGCCUUCACAUGACCAUAUUGCCCCUCAUGAGAGCUGGCAGCACAAGGAGGGACUGGCUAUUCAAAGCAAUCAACUUGAUUAUUGAAUCAGAUGUGAUUGGGACCCAUUUUGUGUCACACAUGAGUGUGCACUAUUGUUGUCUUCAUAUGAGUUUGGAAGUCAAUGAAUUAUUGUGGUAGUGGUUGGUAGAUUUUAGGGAGUUAUAUUUAAUUUAAUUGUCAUUAAUGUUUUUGAUCAUGCAAGCAACUGCUAAUCCAUUCAAAAUGGGAGGAUUUUUUUAAUUUUUUUAUUUUUACAUUCAAAUCUUUAAUUUGUUGUGAUUUAAUCUAUGCAUAUCUACUUUGUUUUCAUUCUUAUCCCUUUCAUUAUUUAUAACCAGAAAUUACAUAACAAAAGCUACCACUAAUU